CAGAAUAUGAUGCUCGCUCCGCAACUUUUCCGCGAUAUUGUCAGGCCGUGCCCUGGGUGCGAGACACAAUACGAUGUACGCCUUCAUGCUCCACAUGUUCUCCCCUGUUCUCAUACAUUCUGCCUCAUGUGCCUGUCGAAGCAUGAUCAACGAAAGAAAAGGCAUUGUCUGAUCUGCAAGACAAAAUAUUCAAAGUUUGCCCCCAAUCUGGCACUAAUGGAAGUAUUCCAAAGAAUUGAUGAACGACGUCUAUUCCUGGAAUCUGAAACGAGACAAUGCGAUGAAUGUAACAACCGAGUGGCCAGAAGUAUGCUGCGACAGUGUGAAACUUGCGAAAGGCAGUUUAUUACGAGAACAGAAUACAAACUGGAGUGUAUUGUAUGCUUGGAAUGCUGCGUGAGCUCGCAUAACGGACACAAACUAAAUCACUUCAGCCCUGCCUCUUCCCCGUCAAUCGAAUCGUCACCAAUUGUUCAUCACAGAGCUCGUCAACUAUCAACAUCAUCCACAGUCUCCGUCCACUUCAGACAUCCAUCAACUGUCACAGGAAGAUUACCCACCAAAGGCAUCAUCAAUACCAUCAAAAGUUGGUCAUUUCGAUCAUCGAGCAAUGAACUGUCAUUUGUGAUCAAUACGCCGUCCAAAUUGGCAUUCAGUGAAGAAGAUAUUGUGAUGCAGUGUCAAUCACCUUUUUAUGAGGAGGAACAUCAAAUGAAACAGCAAGAACGACACAGCCAACACUCUUCAUCCCGAUAUAUUUGUUAUGAUGCGAGCAAAUCGGACAACGUCUCAAUGGACAGUGUUUUUGUUGAAUCUCCACAUUCUCUUCCAACCAAUGUGGCACCCCGGAUCCCACCAUCGUCACGCUCUUCAUUCACUCAACACAGCAAUGAUUCUGGAGUCGUAUUGUCAACGCCGCCAACAUCUUCCUCUGCAAAAACAGCUGGCCUUUCACCCACUCACAACUUUUCUCGAUCAUCUACAUCACUUCGUAUUCCCACGCCGACAACGAAGAUUCAGAAGAUUCAGAACUUCUUUGAAACAACGCGUGCUCCACGGAUCAGCCGAAUUCGAAUGGGCGUCACGGAUCUUGUGAACACGCCCCGCCGACCUAUGCCACAUCCCCUGUUCACAUCAACACCAAACAAUUUGAAUGCUGCUCGGUCGGAGAAUUCGGUGUUUCCACCGACACCCACAAAUCGCCAACAACGGCAAUACAUUUAAAUUAUUGCUCUAUAUUUGUUGUUUUUAUUUGAAGACUAUCAUUUUCACAAAUUAUAUCUAUAUGGAAUUUAUUUAUUUGUAUUAGCUUGUUUUAUGCCUUUUCUUCAAUUUCAAUCCUUCAUUUUGACCUCAUUUUACCUUCCAGAACUCUUCAUAUUACUCCCAAUGAUAUCUUUUCCUAUAUUUGUUUUAUUAUUUCGAUCUUUCAUUCGCUUUCUCCCACAUAUUGUCGGUCUUACACCGAUCUCGAAUAGAAUAGAAAUAAAUCAAUCGAAAA